AUGGAUGAAGAUAGAGGUGGAUUGUUCUUCUUAUAUGGUUAUGGAGGAACUAGCAAGACAUUUAUUUGGAGGACUUUAUCUUCUGGCAUACAAUCUAGAGGAGAUAUUGUGUUAACUAUUGCAUCAAGUGGGAUUGCAUCUCUUUUGUUAUCAGGAGGUCAAACUUCUCAUUCAAGAUUUGCAAUUUAUCUCAAUCCAACCGAAGAUGCCACUUGCAAUAUAAAGCAAGGGAGUCCCCUAGCAAAAUUGAUCAUCAAGACAAAGUUGAUUAUCUGGGAUGAGGCACCAAUGAUGCAUAGCUACUAUUUUGAAGCUGUUGAUCAAACUUUUAGAGAUAUUCUUAGAUUUGAAGCCACUUCCAAUUUGGAUUGA